AUGUUGGAACAGUUGGAUGCCCGUGGAAUCUAUCCAAUUAAUCCCCCAGAUCUCAAGGCAACAGAGAAGACUAAUCCGACGCUCUUGGUGAGCUGGUGGGCAACUCUCUUUUCCCUGACUAUUAUUUUGACUCGACUAUGCGGUCGCUAUAUUCGGAUCGGACGUUUCUUCCCCGAGGACAAGGUGAUGAUGGCCAGUGUGAUUCCGCUGAUGAUACGCAUGGCGUUCGUCCAUGUCGUUUUGAUAUACGGCACGAACAAUGUGAAAACGACUGGCUUGACGGCAGAGGAUAUUCGGCAAAGAGAGAUCGGUAGUAAAUUUGUUCUUGCUUCUCGGAUCUUCUACGCGAUUUUCAUCUGGACCGUCAAUCUCACUGUGGCGCUUUUCCUCAAACGACUUACUGGAAUGUUCUGGAGACGCUCCCUGGAGAAGUUCUUACAGUUUCUCUACUUCUUCCUUGCUUCGACAUUAAUCGCAGUGGUCAUUGCCACUCUGGCCGAAUGCCAGCCCUUCGAUCAUUACUGGCAAGUCGUUCCUGACCCAGGUGCACAAUGCCGGUCAGGCUACGCGAACUUGAUCACCAUGGGCACAUGCGACGUCGUCACAGACAUGCUUCUAGUCGCCUUCCCGAUUCCGAUCAUCCUAAUGACGCACAUGUCCGUGCAACGGAAGGCCUCGCUCGUGGCUCUUUUUGCACUGUCACUCGUCCCGGUCGGAUUCACCUGCUACCGAGUUCCAAUGGUUAUCUUCCACAGCGGCGCUCAGCCGUAUCGAUCGCUUCUUGCAUCGCUGGAAAUUCUCAUCGCCACAGCCGUCUCAAACGCUCUGGUCAUCAACUCAUUUGUACGCGAUAAAGGCGUGAAGAAGCCCAAGUUCCAAAAGGCACUGGGGUCCGCGUCCGUCAGCGAAAGCGUAGAAUACACAUUCAACCAGCACAACGCCAUCACCCAUCAUCAGUGGGGAAGCGACUCAGCUCUCGCCGGUGAACUGGGCAUGCGUCUCGAUCCCAAACUCUGUUCCAAUGACGAGCCAUUAUCCCGUCCGGCCCCUCCCACCCCUCCAUAUCCGCAUACCUUCACCGCCGGAGUAGGCAAGCUGGCCUCGAACUGGUCCUUCAACAAUAACCGUAACUCGACGGGGACAGACGACAUCUCCACGGGAAGCUUAGAGGUCAACGUCAAUCCACACGAAUCCAUCGAAACAAAGAAAUCGCCGCGCAAAAGAUCCAGCGAUGUGAUAACCAGAGCAACACAUUCCGCCCGCAGAGUCUCCGUCUUCGAUAUCGGCGGCCUUCUCGAUCCCAAGCCCUCCACCAGCCUCGACACCCAACCUCCGCACUUAAACGAAAACCACCUUCCAGAGAUGAGAGCCACCGCAGACCUCAUCCGACAUCCCAACCACCCAAGAACCCUGUCCUCCCAGGACCCAAACACCGCUAUGCAAAGUAAGCCCCAACACCCACCACAGAUCUCGACCCAGAACCCCCCUCGCCCGGGCGUACUAUUACUCCCGGGCCUAACCUCCACAUCCACCGCUCGCCGCCGCGGCUCGAAUGUCCGAAGCGAUGAAACGGAUUCCCUGGUGCUGUCCUACGGGUCUCGGCCUGAGGAGGUGUCUUGCGCUGGAGCUAUCUUGGAAGAUGCGCAUAUAGAGGAUCGGGAUAUGGAGUUUCAAGAUGUAGGGGGUUGCUUUCAUGAGUUGAUUGAUUGA